AUGAGCAAAGGACCAUCGUUUGUUACUGUGCGCAGCGAAGCCAUUUCGCGUGAAUCCAAAACUGAAUCAUUGCUUGGUAAAUAUUCAACAUAUGCGCAAGCUGCAAGUUCUGAUGCUACCUCGCAGGAGAAGCAUUUAGAUGAGCAAAUUGAAAAACUGCUGGGUGAAAGACAAGACAUUAUAGACAAUUUGACAAAGAUAGCGGAAGACACUCCAAAUAUAUCUGCGUCAAAGCAGUCCCAAUUGCAACGUCACAGAGAGAUUUUACAAGAGCACUGGAAGAACUUUAGAGGAAUAAGGUCUUCUAUUCAACAAGAACGUAAUCGUUUGAACUUAUUGUUUAGUGUUAAGAAUGAUAUCGCACAACAACAACAGGCAACUGAUAAUGAAUUAUUUAAUGAUGAAGAAGCAUACAACCAGAAUGAAUCCAGAAGAAUAGAUCAGUCACAUAAUAUCCUUGAUCGUCUAAUAGUUCAAGCAUGGGAGACAAGAGAGAACUUCAAUGCUCAGAGCUCAACUCUAAAUAGUGCUGGCAAUAAGGCUUUGCAAACAUUACAGAGGAUUCCAGGUGUGAAUCUAUUGAUUGGUAAGAUUGGAACAAGAAGAAGGAAAAAUGCAAUUAUAUUAGCUUCGGUCACUACCAUAUGUAUUUUGUUUUUAUUCUUUACUUGGUGA